AUGGGUAAAGGAAAAGGUAAAAACAAACCAAAUGAUGAUAGACCAUCAAAAAGUAAGCAUAGGGGUGCCAAUGGUCACCAUAUAAGACAAAAUAAUAAACACAUGGAGAUAAAGCAAUACGGACAUUCAAAAUCCAAACAAUUAUUUCCCGUCAAAUUGGCAAUGUGGGAUUUUGACCAUUGUGAUCCAAAGAGGUGCAGUGGUAAGAAAUUGGAAAGAUUGGGUUUGAUCACGUCUUUGAAAGUGGGGCAAAGGUUCCAAGGAAUUGUUAUAUCUCCGAAUGGUAAAAGUGUAGUCUGUCCAAAUGAUAGAUCCAUUGUAGAGAAAUAUGGUGCAUCUGUCGUUGAGUGUUCUUGGGCAAGAUUAGAUGAAAUCCCGUUUAAUAAAAUUGGUGGUAAACACGAAAGAUUAUUACCGUAUCUAGUGGCUGCUAAUCAAGUCAACUAUGGUAGACCGUGGAGACUUAACUGUGUCGAGGCCAUUGCUGCAUGUUUUGCUAUCAUUGGUAGAAUGGAUUGGGCAAGUGACUUAUUGUCGCAUUUCUCUUGGGGUUUAGGCUUCCUUGAAUUGAAUAAUGAGUUAUUACAGAUAUAUCAGAAUUGUACUGAUAGUGAAUCGGUCAAAAAGGCAGAAGAAGAAUGGUUAUUAAAAUUAAAGGAAGAAAACCAGAAAAGAAAACAAGAAGUGCAAAAUACAGACAUCUGGAUGAUGGGCAAUGUUAAUAGGAAGAUGAACAGUCUCAAUAUAAGUGAUGAAGAAGAAGAAGAUGAUGAUAGAUUUGAAUCAAUUUCUAAACCUGUUAAAUACGACAACUUAGGUAAUAUCAUUGAAGAACGUGAAUGUGAAGUCGAGGAGGAGGAAGAAAAAGAGAGGGAGGAGGAAUGGGAAAUAAAAUAUGAUUCUUUAGGUAAUAUUGUCACUUCAUGA